AUGGAUUGGAACAGUUGGAAAGAAUCCAGAAGAACUGGAUUUGAAGUCGCUGAAGUCCCUGUAAAAUUUAGUUCUGACAACAGACAAGCAUUCAUUGUUUCCAAUAACGAUGUAAUAGUUGUGGAAGUAAAAAGUGGCCAUCGUAUACAGCUUCUCACUCAUCCUGCAAAGAUUGUCACCCUUUACUAUACAUUUCCAAGCAAAGCAGUAACUUAUACCGCUGAUGGUACAGAAUACAUCUGGAGCAUUGACACGUGGACUGUUCUGCGCUGUCGUGAAUUAAAUUGUGCACCGCUUGAUGUUUGGCAUUCAUGUGGAACCACUUUGGUUGUAACUAAAAGUGAAGGUAAGGAAUUGGUUAUUACCAAGAUUAACGGAAAUGAAGUUCCGCAAAAUGAGGAAAUUCUACGAACUGGGCCGCAUAAUAUUGGAUGUUCUCAAUUUGCUGUCACGGCCAAUUACUUUGCUUGUUGUGAGAAGCUCUUUGUAUAUCUUUACGUUUUUGGCGAAAAUGGAGUUAAACGAUUCAAAUAUAUUGGUAAAGCUGUUUUCAUGGAUUCGUCACUACUGGAAUUUAUAAGUAUUACAGCCCUUGGGGACACAAUGGCAGCUGCAAUAUCAUUUGGCCGUGUUUUUAUAUGGAAUAACGUAAGUCGAAAAGGCAUCAAUACGUUCAGUCAUUCAGUGCAUUGGCAUAAAUGGGCUCCAUGCUUAGCUUUAUCCGAAUCGAAUACUUUAUUUUCUGCUGGUGAUGAAGGUGUUUUAGCGAAAUUUUCUCUCUCAGAGUUAAAGUCGAUAUCUAAGCCACAACUAUUACCAAGAUUACAAGCACCAGUUCGAAGGCUUAACCUUUCUGAAGAUGGUUCCGUUCUGGCUGUUGUACUAGCUGAUAAUUCGACUCAUUUCAUUCUCAAUUCAACACUUAAUGUUCUGUCUUCGAUGGAAUCAAUUUUCUGUUCUCCGAAAAAAUCGCUGUUUCCCCUCACUGAGGAUCCUCUUUAUACAAAUUACGUUGUACACAGUGCACGUCCUGGUUUUAUGCAGUGGAUUGCACCAUCUACAAUGAUCUCCAUCGCAACGGCUGACGUAUCUAGAGAGAAUCCAAUAGAAGGAGAAAAUAUAUUUUCUGAUACUAUGGGUUACACGGACGUUUGUGAAGUUGCAUUAUCACGGACAAUGAUAGUAACUGCUGAUUGUGACAUCGGUUUCGAUAUACCAAAUAAUCGGUUGCAGUUUUGGCGUCGAAAUGAAGAUUUAGGCUCCUUUGCUUUAGAAUACUGCGAGCUAUAUGUUGGCGGAGUUAUAAAAUUUAUCCGAGCCUGUCUUGACUGUGAUUUGUUCGUUACUGCUGAUAAUAAGGGAGUUCUGUGCACAUGGGAAAGAAUGAAAAAUGAUGAGAAAAAGUGGUGUAAGUCGAACGAAGUUCACUGGAUGGAUGUUCCUAUUUUGCAUGUUUCAAGGAUACAAAAGUCACAUUUUGCUGCGAUUCAUGAUAUCAGUCUGAAGACUGAUGGAGUCGUUGCUCUGUGGUGUGCAGAACAGGAAAAAUCUCCACGUGUUGUUUAUGUCCAUCAGGGUAAUGGCAAACUUACAGCAGUAGAAUGGGGUCCUCUGAAUAAUACCAACUUGCUUAUAAUAUCAUCUAAAAGUUGUAUCUAUGCUCUCAAUAUAUGCACGCUUGCACCAUUAUGGAUUGUUUGCGAACCGGAUUUGAAACUCGCUGUAACAUCGCAGUUUACGGUUGCAUAUAAUAAAAACGUUGUUUCUGUGAUCGAUAGCUCUUCCGGUACUUUACUAUGUCAAAGGAAAUUAAAUUCAACUCCAGAAAGUGUUAUUGGUAUUGGAAAGGACCGAACGUUUACAAUAGUUGCUGCUUAUGAAAAGGGCUAUGGAGUGAUUGCAAGGUCGGAAUUGCUAGAAGAAGCGCAAAAGCAAUUGCAUACGAGGAAUAUAGCAUUGAAAAAGACUCCAUUUUCAAAUUUAUUAACUGUUGGUAAAAAAGAAGUUGAAAGUAACGAAGUUCCAGUCGAAACAUUGUCCAAUUUGGAAAUUUUCUCUGGACCAUCAUAUUCACUUGCACCUAUGCCAUAUUUGGCUCAAAAGUUUAUUCGUUCCUGUUUUUUAUUACCUCAGCAAGUAUGA